GCCGUUCUGUGUUGUUCGUUGUAGAAAUUUUACGUUUCAUGACCGCGGGAGUGUUGUGUGUGCUCAGAGUGUACAGUAUAUUUACCAUCAAAUUCAUAUUCAUCCGUUUUUGUGCAAGUUAAAUGCCAAUUGCAGAAGCUGGCUGAGUGGGCACACAACAGAAACACAACGAAACCCGACUCAACAGGAUUUAUUUUAGGGAGCAUAGCGGAUGAAACUGCCUCCUAUUGCCGUGUUUUUAAAAGCCUGAGCGAGAGAAAAAGAGAGGAAGAGGAAGUGUGUGUGUGUGUGCGUGAGCAGUGUGAGGUUCGCAGGAGACAGGAGAAAAAUGUGAUUUGAAUUUUGCUAUUUUAAUAAGUGAUUCGAAGGAGGUUACGGGUGAAUUUGAUUCGCGGCCGAAAUUUGUUUUUAAGUCGUUAGUGUUUUCUUUCUUAGAUAUUAGACGAAGAAAAUAUUUGCAACGAUUCAGUGCGUUUGUUAUUUUAGAAGGUUAGUUCUUCGUAUGAUAUUCGACCUUCCGGGCGUAAAUUUCGGGGCCAGUCUAGUACGAAUAAAAUUGCAGCUGAUUGGAAAUCGAUUCGGUUCGGUAUCGAACGGGAAGUGAAAGAAGGGCAGUUCCCGAAAACCGGCAGCGGCGCCGGUGAAAAGUAUCCUUGUGCAAGUGUAGCAAAGUUUGGUGUUUUGGGGAGUGACCCCGCUGUGUAUAGAAGAGCGAUAGAAGCGAAGAAAAAACAAAAGCGGUUCCCAAUGAAUCUAACAUGGCCGUGGCUUGCCUGAAGACUUCCAGUCAACUCUAUUCGUCGUCUCCAUCUGCUUCGAUUUUGUCCGGAUCGUUGGGCACAGGGGCAAGUGGCACCAUGAACAGUGGCGGAGGACAUUUACAGAGCCAGCUGACACGCUCACUGGAGCGAAUCCUCGAGGAUGCAAACCUAAGUGGGGAGCUGAAGCUGAGCGGGCGAAAGCUGAAGGACUUUCCAAAGGCAGCCGGGAAAUACAACCUCAGCGACACGGUUAUUGCAGAUCUGUCGCGCAACCGGUUUUGCGAGCUCCCAGAGGACAUCACAUCGUUGGCCUUCCUGGAACGCUUACUCGUCUUCCACAACACGAUACGCUCAAUUCCGGAGACGAUCCGGGGGCUACACUCGCUUACCUAUCUAGAUUUAAGGAACAAUCAACUAUCGGUGAUGCCACGGGAAAUUUGCUUUCUGCCGCUGCAAGUGCUGCUAGUUUCGAACAACCGGCUCGUCACGCUUCCGGACGAGCUCGGUCGGAUGGAGGAGCUGACCGAGCUCGAUGCCGCCUGCAACCAAAUCACUCAUCUUCCUCCCCGGCUGGGCGAUCUGCGGAAUUUGCGUUCGCUCACGCUGCGUAACAAUCAGCUCGUCUAUCUGCCCCGAGAUCUCACGGUGCUGCAGUUGGUAUUCCUCGACAUCAGCUGCAACAAGAUCACUACCCUGCCGGUGGAACUUCGACACAUGAGCUCGCUGGUCGAUCUGGAACUGUCGAACAACCCGCUUACCUCACCACCAGCAAGCCUUUGCGUUCGAGGUCUCGUCCACGUGUUCAAGUAUCUAGAAACAGCGGCAGCCAAAGAGGAGAAAUCGAAGAGUGGUCUCGAUGGACACGCUACCCUACGGAGGUCGGCGCUUUCGUCGAAAAAUUCCUCCGGAAGUCUGUUGGAUGGCAGCCGGAACAGACGCGCUCACGUCGACUCCGGGUACAGCACGAGCGACGGAGGUUUCGAUGGUAAGCGUUGGUCCCAGGAAUAUCCGCACGAUAGUGGUGGCACCUACUCACCCAAAUGGUCGCCCAUUCCAAUGCACACAGGCUUCAGUGGGAAACCACCACCAGCAGCUUCAGUUGCACCAACAGCAGCAACCGGUACAGCUGGUCAUUCUAAUGUGGUUCCUCUGUUGUCAUCUGCAGGUGCAAAUGGUCUUUCAGGUCUGCUCAGUGGUGAAAGCCACGGGGGUGGAGGCAUAAUAGGUUCGCUUGAGGAGGAGUUCAAGAAAGGCAUCGCGCUGCAGGAUCAGCUCGAGCGAAAGAAGUUGUCGAAUAAGAAUAACAUCGACAUUUCUCCAGAAGGUGAUUUGACACUAGAUAGCGCAAAGUCCGAUGAAAAGAUGCGAACGCUAGGAAAUAUUCAAACUUACAGGGAAUACAAGGAAGCACUGCGUCAGCAACGCAAUCAGGUUGACAUCUACCGACCCAAAGAGCAACAAAUCCAAACACCCGAAAGCAGUGGAUCCACGUCGGAAUCAUCGCCCCUCAGUAAUUUCUCUCCCUACAACAAGUCUCAAGCCACCACUCCUUCGCCCUCAGUGUACAGCAACAGCAGCCAAAGUUCUCCCCUUUCCCCCCACCACUGCAACGUCCACAAACUGAACCAAAUCAACGCUAAUGGCGCCCACGCCACUAAUGGUUUCAACCAAAACGUCACCUCUAGUCCACUUCUGUCGCCAAACCGGAACAUUGUGCCGCCGUUUGUUGAAGAUAUCGCCAACAACAGCGGCAACAGUACCACUUCAACGCCCAACAAGCGACCGGUUCAAAAAGUCAUCCCUUCGCGAAACAUAUCCACAUAUCAGGCGAACCAGUCUCCCACCCAUCUGAACGGGAACCAUCAUCUCUCAACGAGUGCCGCCUCGGUUGGUGGUUCCCCAAUGAGCAAUGGUAAAAUACCCAUUCCAAAUGGUACCCCCAUUAAGACGGCCGUGUCCAACUGUACGGAUUACGCGUAUGUGAAGCCGAACAGUCCCUGCAAGGCGUCCACCGGCAUUCUGACCCACAACAGCGUUCCCUCUUCGAUUCCAAAGCCAACGGCAAACGGAGGUAGCUCGCCGAAUGGAAACCAGAAGCCACUCACUGCCACUGUUGGUUACGUGAAUGGUGUCAAACCGGGACAGAAACCUAACAAAACUGUCUCCUGGAAUCGGGAUGUGCCAAACGAUAAGCUGAGCUUCACAAUGCGGCGUGAAUUUGACAAGCAGAAGGAGGAAACAGAGCUGAUCGAACAGUUACGACAGAUCAUUGAAACUCGUUUGAAAAUGACUCUUCCGGAGGACAUUGCGCCAGCGCUAACCGAUGGCGUUGUGUUGUGUCACUUGGCGAACUAUGUUCGACCGCGAUCCGUUGGGAGCAUACAUGUCCCUUCACCAGCUGUGCCAAAACUGACGAUGGCCCGCUGUCGGCGCAAUGUGGAUAACUUCCUCGAUGCUUGUCGGAAGAUCGGAGUGGAUGAGGAGUUGAUAUGCUCCUGCCAGGACAUCGUACCAUCAUCUCCACCACCAACAGGAGCACCGCCCCCGUCGGUGGUUCUGGCCGAGGUCUCAUCGGACUGGCCGGAUCAACGUCAACAACAGCAGCAGCAGAUCGAAUCAGAUGUUGAUCAAUCCGUCGAACCGCCGAAUCCUUUGGCAAUGUAUCGUACCAUUGAGGCACUGCUGACUCGGGCCGAGUUGGUCACAAAAGAAUCGACCUGUGGUCACAUCGGUCGUCCCUCGUCUCCUCCCCCACCACCACCCAUUAUUGUCAACAAACCCACAACAACAACACUCACUGCAGCCAACACCAAUACAACAACAACAACAGAAGGAGAACAAGCGGUUGUACUCCACAGUAGCAAGGAAGAACCAAAUGGUAACUACCAAACACCUCCGCAUUAUCUAAGCUUCCCAAGUGCCACCACUAACGAAUCUAACAGAAACUAUUUACGUAACACUUCAACACCAAAAAGCGUCAAAACUCAAUUCGAGUUCCAUCUGGAACAGAAGCAAGAGCUCGAGCGGGAGGAUGUAAUGAAGGUUCAGGCUAGGCUUAGGGCUGUUAGUGAUGAAAUCGAUGUCGAUGUCCAGUCCGGCGGGGGAGGAGGAGGAGCGGAUUGGCGGAACGUCCCAGUCUCGUUGGAUCUCAACUCCGGUGGGAACGGUAGAAGAAAGCGCAAGUUUCCGAACUCUCGAUUCGCCGGCGCCAAAUCGCGGCAGCAGGGUUCGCUCGGGGACGGCUUGAACGAAAUAGUGGAAGAGUGUGAGUACGACAGCGACAUUGGGAAGUUUCGAUGCCGCCUGGAGGACGGAGACGGAGAGGAUGACGAUUACGAGGAUUCCGAGGCGAGCGUGAAUUCGCUGGAUGAUGAGACGGCUUUUACGCCCACGAAUGCCAACCAGGGGAUUAAUGAUCUGAACAGUACCACUCCUACGGGGGCGGGAGCGAGAACGAUUGUGGACUUUAACAUCAACUCGGCCAAGGAAGAUCCGAAGCUGGUGGGCAGAAAGAUCGUCAGCAAGCGGAUUGAGUUCUUCGAGAGUAACGCCGUGAAUGGGGAGAAGAUAGUGAACAGCGCGCAGCUGAGACGCAGUGUUAGCGUCGAGGACAACGAAGCCGAAGCUGCGGGGGACCAGUGGAAUAGGAAAUCGGAUCAUCCGGUGCUGUCCACUGUGCUCUGUCUGGGAACGUUCCUGUUCGCGGUUGUCUAUUUGUAUCUGUAUCCGUUGCCUAAUCGUUAGAGGCAAAACGCGAGGUGUUGCCAAUUCCAAUGGCUUUGGAAUUGGUUGAUUUUUUGUUAUUUUUACGAAGAUAUUUUCAUAUUUUUCUGUUGAAUCUAAUUUAUAAGAAGCGAGAAGAUUUCUUUUUUUUUGUUUGUUUUAAUCUCAGUACAACAAAAAUCUCUAAAAUUUUAUGUACUUAAAUAAGCAGCUAGAUUCUUAAUAUAUAUUCUUACUAGUUUAUAAAGCGUGAGCUAUCCUUCUCAACGGGAGUGAAUUGAUUUACUUCAAGUCAAAUAUUUGUGUGAUUGUAUGAGGAGUGUUCGAGUAAAACGAAACAAAAAAAAACAAACAAAAAGAUAAAUCAUAACACAAAAAUAAGUCGAUUUUUCAUUCCUUUCAUCAGAAGCAGAAAAGAACUGUUAAAAUCGUUACACAUUCCUAAUUGGUUAAUCGAUUUGGUAAGUGAUUUCGAUUUAAAAUAAAAAUAAAUUCCGAUUGGCUGCUCAUUGCAAAAAAAAAUCAUUCCAUUUAGUUAUCAAUCGAUACUUUUUGUGCUUUAAUAACAGUGUAAUUCCAAAUGAAAUCGAACUAAAAAUGAAACUUGUAUUUUUGAUUCGAACGAAAGUUUGCAUUCUGUUUGGGUUGGAGGAAAUAUGAGUUUUCCACAGCAUUUGGGAAUUUUGUGACUCAAGUGCAACUUUAAAAAAGGGCGUGUCGAUUUAGUAAGAGAAAAUUUUGAUAAUUUAUAUCUCAAAAACUAUGAGUCGUACCGAAAUAGUUUCUUAGAAAGAGUUAUAGAAUAUUGAUGUCAAAACGUGGAAAAAAUAUACACUGAGAAAAAAAAUUAGUAUUCUUUUUUUUAUUUUUGACGAACUUUGUGGAACAUCGAAUUUUUAUGAAUUUUCGAAACCUUAAAUUUUUGUAUGGUAACAAUCAUUUUUAGCCACAAAUUAUGAAUACUGAUGUGAUUUCAAACAAAAAAGCUCUUUAUCAAUCUCUUUCCAAAUGCAGCCAUUCUCGAGAUAUUUUAAAAAAAUAUUUCUAAUUUAUUCUCUUUUUUAUAGUAAACUAGCUGACCCGGCAAACUUCGUCCGACCCAGAAUGGAUUUUUUUGUUGUGAAUACUUUCAAAAAUUCAUGUUUUCUUUAUAAACGAACGUUCAACGUUCUAAUUGACCCUUUAUAAUUUCCUUUUACUAUAAGUUUCCUAGCAUUUCUACCAAAACUCGUCAUUAUAUUAUUCUCGUAUGAUAUUCACAAUUAUCGUUCAAGAUUCUUCAACCACCUCAAUCGAACAUCAUAGAAACGUUACGUGCCCCCCAAAACUUCCACAUGUCAAAUUUGGUUCUGUUUUGAUGAUUAGUUCUCGAGUUCUGCAUAAAUAUGUGUAUUAUUUGUAAUUGUAAUGAUUGUUAACAUACAAAAAGAGGAGGCGAUCUGGCGUAGCGGUAACAUCCAUACCUCUCACGCUAAGGGUCACGAGUUCAAUUCUCACUCCCGACAUUCUUCCGAAAUGGAAGGUAAAAGUGACGAACCAGCCAAAUGUGUUGAAAAUCACUAUAAUACAGAAAUAAAAAAAAACAUACAAAAACUCCAAGUUUCGAAAAUUCACAAAAAUUCGAUGUUCCACAAAGUUCGUCAAAAAUUGUUUUACCAUCUUGUAUCCAUUUAAAAUUUUUUUUUACAUGACUUCUAUUUUAUAUGAAGAAAUAUAAAAAAUAAUAAAAAUAUGUAUUUGAGAUAUUGCAAAUUAAAGCUUUUUUUUGUAAAUAAAAAAAGUACUAUUUUUUUCUCAGUGUAUAUUUUUUCACGUUUGGACUCUAUAACACUUUCUCUAAGACACUAUUUCGGUACGGCUCAUAGUUUUUGAGAUAUAAAUUAUCAAAGAUUUCUCUUACUAAAAUCGAUACGCCCUUUUCAAAAGUUACACUUGAGUCGAAAAAUUCCCAAAUGCUGUGGAAAACUCAUAUUUCCUCCACCCCAAAGGGAAUACAAACUUUCAUUCGAAUCAAAAUAUGUCAUUUGUCGAUUUCAUUUGUAAUUGCUCAACAAUGAAAAAACAACAAUCAUCACAAUUGAGUUUCAUUUCGAAUCACUCUCAUGAUCAUUUUGUACUUAUUAGCAUUUAGAAAGUAAAUCAUUUCACUGCUCCUUCUCUCGUCAUUCAUUCCGAGGCUUAAUUUUUUAUAUCGAUCUUAAAGAUUGUUGGUUUUCUUCUACUUGAAGUGUGAUUUCGUUUAUUUUAUAGUUAUUUCGCUUAAUGCUUAAGUUUAUUCCUUACAUUCUCUUGUGUGUUCAUUACAUUUUACAUUACAAGUAGGAAUGUUAUGGAGUAGAAUGAUUUUGGUAGUGUAAAUCUCAAAAGCCGUUACAAAUAUAAUCAAAAAUUACUUGAAACAUAUUGAUUUGGGGGAGAACAUCAAAUAAAACAAGAACCGCAAACAAUCAAAACGCAUACGAAAAGAGAUAUCAAAAUAUUGCAAGUCGAAGUGCAGAAGUAGUAUACAGGUAAACAAAUGGGAUCUCGUGAAUCUGAAGAUGCAAACAUUUGAUAACACCUUACUAGCAAACAAUGUAAUGCAGAGGAUGUCCCAAAUUAAGGAAUAUGGUUGCCUUAUUUUGUAAACAGGUCAGUUACCACUGGUGCCGUAUGACGACAAUUAGUGGAACACAUUCAAACACACUCACACACACGCGUUGAAAACAAACUAAACUAGAACAUCGUCGUAAGAUACGCGUCUAGAUAGAUGUUGUAAAAAAAAGAAAUAAAUAAUCCAUUAUCGUUACAAUCUUCAAUAUUCUGUAACAGAAAAAAAUACCAAACAAUGCAAACAGCGAAAAAGAGAUCUAUUUUCUUAAUUUUUAUCAAUCAAGAAAUGACAAUGACUAGAUCUUCUGGAGAACACUAUCGAACCUCUCUCUUGAUGUAUCUCUAUAGUUUUCUAGCAAAGUUUACCUACAAUUUUCAGCAUAAUAUGAUGUAUUUUUAGGGUUCAUAAUAUCGCGAAAUAUGGCAUUUCAACAAACUGUAAUCUGUAAUCUAUCUUAACUCAAUACAUUCGAUGAUCUAGUCAUAUGAAUCAGUUUACUUAUAACCUAUUCCAUCACUUUAGUUUUAAAAUCUUUUAGAUAAAAUUAAGAUUUCGAUUUAUUUUUAAAAAAUCGGGCUACGUUUUAAAACAAAUUAUUAUUGAUUUUUUCGCAUACAAGCGUUUGCAAAUGAAGCUAUAACAAUUAUUUUGCCAAAAAGAACUUCACGUUCAAAGGAGUAAUAUUAAUCAGGAUUGCCUUGUUUUUUUUUGUUUAUUUUCAUAUACAUUGUUUAUUUUAUGAGUACUAAUAAGUGAACCGAGAAUAAUAAGCUCUCAGCAAAAAAGAAACAAAAUCAAAACAAUAAUGUUUAGCACAAGUGGGAAUCGGUUUGCACCAAAUUUCUCGCUGGUUGAGAAGCGAAAAUAACUACAACAGUUCCAUAACGCGCCAUGUUCAAUAACGUAUUUUGGCAAAAUACACACACACACACACACACAUAUAUUAUCGAACUAUUACUCGUAAUCGUUUAUAUGGAUCUAUAGGUUUUUCUAAGGCCAAUAAUUUUAGCUCGUACCAUAUUUAUUCGCUACAUUUAUACCAUUAGGUUCCGGCUUGGAAGCCGGAAAAUGUGUUGCUUUGUAGACUAGGUCAUGUAUCAACUGUUAGGAGGAAUAGGCUUGUUGGGCUGCACCAAUCUGUUUUUUCCACCAAAAUUUUACUAAAGAGAUAAUGAUUGGAAGAACUUAGGGUUGCAGCAUUGUAGGAAUUGAAAUAAAAAGAAGAAAAAAAACUGAACGUUUAGGUAUUUUACACCCCCUCCCCCAAUAUACAAACAUACACAAAAUUCUACUCGUUUUAGGAAGAAAGGGAUAAACUAUGUUAGGCCCUAUGUUAGAGGAUCCUAUUUAAUCACUCGUUUUAGGCAGACUGAGUAGUAGACGGAAAUCUGCUAGUAUUUCUCGCGCAGCUUUACACCUAUGUAGACUAUUCUGCAGCUAUGAUACAAUAAGUUCCGUUGCCGAAGAAAAUAAAAGAAGUUCGGCUAUUAUGCCUCAUGUUGCUUUAUCUUUAAUUUAUACACACAAACACACACACACUGUACACUAAAUAAAUAAUGCGAAAAUAAUGUUCUGUUUGAUCUGUUUGAUGAGAAGUGUUUCAUAAUAUACUAAUUAAAGUUUGAAUCGACUGGAUGGGAUGAUGAUGUGACGGUAUUUUGACACUAACCCACAGUCUUCAAUAUACUUUGUCACGUUGGCCAUUAGCAAACUACUGAGGUAUUAAUGCACAAGAUUUUGGCGAAAAAUUGCGUUUUUCGGGAAUACAGGCGAUGCGAGUAUGAUUAUUAUUGUUUGUUCUGUAGAAACUUGAAACUUCUUCGCCUCUAUAUUGGGCCUGGAAAUCGAAAAUCGAAAUAAUGGUCGCGUCACGAAAAACGUCCAAUUUCUUGCGUUCCUCGCUCAGUGAUUCCUCGAUGGAUUUACAAGAUUUUUUGCACCAAUCGAUCUGAACACCCCAUAACAAACUAUUGCAUAAUGGAAAAGUUUAAAUUUUUCAACAGUCAGUUUGUUCAAAUAGCGUUGAAAUAAGAGUUUUGAAUUUUUCUAAUAGGCCUUUUUCAAGACUAGCUGCGAAUGAACUUUGCAGUUUAUAACCUCUAUAAUUAAAAAAACAAUCCAAUUCAAACUAAACUUGAAAUCAGUAGGGGUAAGGCCGUUGUGGCGAGUGAUCGACUGCAACUGCGGCGUAUCUUCAUCAAAUAUACUAAAAAUCGGCAUGCAACAAAUAUCGUAACGUAACCCAACGUCAACUGCACGGUCGUGAGUCGAACACAACCAUUCAACUUUUUUAAUAGGUUAGUAUAUUGUCGAUAUAUUGAUUUGUGAAAAGGACAAGAAGAAGUUAACCAGCUACCAGCUACCUUGCUGGUGGUAUCGGUUCUGAAGCAACGGGGUGUCGUAGCGCAAGUUCCAAUGAAUAUUCUGAAACUUUAGAACAAUACCUAAAGCGUUACAUAGGGGUUUUAAAAAAUUCGAAAAAUUGCCAAAACGUUUGGUUGAAAAUGAGUUAUUUUUCAUGAAAUAUCGCAGUUUAGAAGCUCAUAAAAAAUCGAAAAAAUGAGAUAUCAAAAAACGGCUAUGUAACGCCUCAGACAAUCCAUUUUUACAUGCUGAUAGAAAAUUUCAGCCAAAUCAGUCGAGUGGAUCCUGAGAUAUCGAUACCACCAGUUGGAAAAACAUGGUUUCGAGAAAAAACGCCUUUCAAAAUUCGUGCAACACUGCAAUAUUUCUUGAGGUGACUUCAUACUCUUGGCUGUAACCUUCCAACGAAACGAAAAUCGAAAAACGAAAUAUCGAAAAAUCCAACAUUUCUGAGGGCAUAAGCAUCCCGAAAAUGCAAAAAACAAAAAUUCGAUUUUACAGACCGGGGAGCGCCUUUUAUAUGGAGGAGACCCUUAAGGGCCAGUCACCAGGGGAAGAUAAAAUGUUACACCUCUAUACAAAACAUCCACUGCUAGCCAAGAUUCCAAAAUUUCAAGAUAGCAUUGACGACAUUUAGAUUCGUUUUGCGAGUUUGAGAAGCGACAAAGGCGAUAAUAGAUUUUUGAGGAGGAAUAGACACAUUUUUAAAAUGAAAAAUAUGAAUGAAAAAAGGUACUCUAUGUAAAAAAGUAAAAUGCUUUUUACGCGAAUUGUGAAGAAACAUAUAUGAAAAAUGUGAUUGAUAAUGUUUGUAUAUUGUAAUGAUAAGUUUUAGUGGAAAUAUCAGGAAAUGUAUCGACGAAUGGUUAAGUAACAGUCAGGCGGCCAUGUAUCAAGUGAUCAAAUAACCUGAAGUUAAAACUUCCAUUCAAAGUUUGAACAAUGUAAAACUACCUUCGGGCUUGGUAAUCUGAUAAACAACAAUUUGCCUCCCUGACAGCAAAACAGCAAAAGCUCUCUCAUUGCCCGUUGAACGAAGCCUGCAUUUGAUUUGUGUAUCACGUGUAUGUCAGUGUCUCUCAGAUCUUCUACAUAACAUCACAUAGAGAGAAUCGUCAAAAGCUGUCAACACUUUUCGUUUCAAAUGGUUCUGUCCUCGAUUUGCGAUUGAUCUGCGCAACCAACUUGCACCUGAUAUCGACCAAAAACUAUAUACACUUCUGCUCCUAAAUUCCGCUUGAGGUGGGAGCGAACCCUAGCACAUGCCACAGUAAAACUGUAUUCAAAUAAAGGCAGUGUAUGUCCGUAUUCUAAAAUUCUGGAUAUUCUUAUUCUGGCACUGGCACGAAAAUUUCCCGUAUGCUGUAGGCACCUUCUUUGUCUCACUACACUUUGAUACAGAAUACAGGUACCUUUUAAUCGAGCUGUGUAGUGAACGUGAACGAAAUUACCCUACUGUUUCACAAUAUCUUCCAUUCAUUCCAUUUCUGUAUCGAGCUGCUUGUGCAUAUGUGUGUGAAAUCAGCAUUAACCUUUUCACGACCACGGGGACGCCGAUGUCCCAAGCAAAAAUCAUGGAUUAAUUAAAUAUUUACGUAACCAUUGUAAAUAAUUUUUUUUAUUUUAAUAUUUCGGAAUUUACCUUUUUAUUAUUUCUACUGGCGAUACAUAAUAGUGACCAUAGGCGCAUAUUUGUCCCAUAAAUUUAAAAAAAAAAUGUAAAAGUUUUUUGAAUUUUUAAUAUAAAUUAUGUUUUCAGGGUGCCUAUUAAUUCAUUACAUCCUUAUGGUCCUGAAAGGGUUAAGCAUGAAUGGUGUCCGCUCGUUGUGUUGCGCUUGCUAGCUCGGUCGCGACCGUGAUUUCAAAUCACGGACGGCUUAUUUAUACCAAAUAAGUUGCCAGAACAAGCAGAAACGAAUGAAUUAAUUGCUCGUAAGGGUACGGAAAGGUAAGCACACAAAUCGACAGAACAAAUGUAUGGAAAAAUGAGAAUGCUUCCAGUUUUCAUUAAUUGAAACAGUUGAGGGAUCAGGGAACUGUAAUGUAUACCGUAUCAAACAAAUAUUAGAGAGAUUCCGAUUCGAUUGGUAUGAUAAUCACCAGAAUUCGCAGUGAAAAAUAGUUAACUUUAUUCCAUAAAAACGUGACCUAUUUUUUGAUUUGGUGCCUUUUCUGAAAAACGUAGCCCUAAGUCAAAAAUUCGCAAAAAGUCCUUUUAGAGCCACAUCAUAAAGCCGAAAACAGACAGAUUGUACUUAUGUUAUAUUUGAAGCCAAAAUUUGAUAGUAGACCAAUUCCAUGAAAUUAUAUAGGGAAAAAUCAAAUGAGAAGAAUUUAUGAACAUAACUAUCAUGAAAGUUUAGAUUAUAGCUUCCUACAAUACGAUCAAAUUCAUAUUUCAUACACUAUUUUGAUUUUGUGACGUGACAAAUCUUGCGAAUCCUGAUUUUCGCACAGGAAGUUACAACUAGCCGAUAUUAACAAGAUUCUUGUAUGUUUUCAGGAAAACUGAAUAUACUGAAAUCUGAAAACAGAAAUCAAAUUCGUAAAUGUGGAAUGAAUAAUCUAGAUUUUGGCAUCUAGAAUCUAGAAUCCUAUAUUCCUGGAAUCUGAAAUCUGUAAUUUGAAAUAUGAAUUCUGGGAACUGAACUCGGAAAUUAAAAUCUGAAUAUUAAAUCUCGAAUUUGGAAUUCGGAUUUCACACUUUGAAUCUGGAACGGAUUAUCUGAAUCUAUAAAGAAUUCUGGAUUCUAAAUCUGGAAUCCCAAUUGGCAGUUUGUAUCAGAAGUUUGAAAUUUCAAACCUGAUUCUGAAUCUUCAAAAUUCUGUUAUCUUAUUUCUGGGAUCAGAAAAACAAUUUCGACUUGUUUUUCUGAGUUUCGGAAUUUAGAAGAUUGUCUUGAAGCCGAAUUUGAAAUAAGAAAUCUGAUGGAUUGAAUUUGGAAUCUGAAAUUUGUUCCGUUCCGUGUAUGUUUUAAAGAGGCUUUAAAUUUUUCAGUUCAUUCGCCUCUCAAUUUUAAGUCUCUAGUAAGCCUCCAUCUUUCCAAAUCCUGAGGAUGAUUUUCGGGAGUUUAAACAGUAUGUUCAAUAAAUAAGGGAAUUUUUAAGAUAUAGAACGAAUGAACAGUUAGAAGUGCAACUUCAGAGUAAUUUUUUUCUGUUUUUGCAUCAAAAAAAUGUGAUAAUUGAGUAAUUUGGCAUCAUUUAAAAGAAGCUGGAAGGUCAUGGCAUGGUUUAAUGAAUAGGGGCUUCAGAUUUUGAACUGGUCAGCUUGUUUACCAAAUCAAAAUCCUGUCAGGAACUUAUGAGGAGUGAACGGACGAAUAGUAGACGCAGCUUACAAGCAGUAUGAGUGAUUUGAAGAGCUUAAACGAGCAAUAUCCUCCACUAUAACAUGACGUAGAUUGGUCGAAACCACCCCGAAAGGGUUAUGUGAACUGAUUGAGAACUAAGGAUGAUCUACGAAUUAGAAACACAUCGUAAUUCAUGUUAAAUUGGCGUUAGUUUUGUAAAGUAGUGAGAGUUUUUCCAUCUAGUUCUAUAAUUAUGAAACAAUGGAAUUUCUGUUUUUUUUAAUGUUUCGCGCCUGAACACAACAAUAAAGUUGAAAUGGCUAGUCUUAUAAAUGAAGAUAGUGAUUGUACUGUGCACUAUAUACUUCAAUUCAACCGACUUCUUACAUAUCUCUGGAAACUCAGAAAAAAUGAGUGGUUCUAUAGUUGUGAACCGCAGUGUAUGUUUGAAAGUUAUUUUUUAUUCGAAAUAAUCUCCAAUUUAACUCAAUAGAAUAACUCAAUAUCAACCAAUUUAUGCAUAGACUCUUUCAUGUCAUCAAAGGCGGCUCGCACACCGGAGCAAUAAGCAACUCGCAAGCAACAAUACGCAAUAUGCAACAGGUAACAUAUUUUUGUGUACUUCGCAUACUAAAGCAAUAAAAACGCCUGAUAUUAUACAAAUAAUCUGUUUGAUGAACGAAACUUGCCAAAUUAUGGGCGAUAAGUUGCUAGCGACACGACACGUCGUGCUUAUUGCUCCGGUGUGCGAGCCGCCUAAAGGUAUGUUCUUUAACACCUGUGUCACGGUUGCUUGAAUGGCUGGAAAGUCAUCGAAAAAACGUUCCUUUCAUGGCAGUUUUUAGUUUAGGGAACAGAAAAUGAUAGAGUAGGAAAAUAUGGAUGGUGGUCGAUGAUAUAAAUCUGUUUUAUCAUCAAAAAUUCACAAACUUAUCAUGCAAUAAAAACAGCUGUUUCCCCUCUGGAUAUUCAGGUCUAACACGAACAAUUCGCGACCACAAACGAUGUAAAAUAGUAUUCUCCAUUAACAGUUUGAUCUUCUGGAACAAUUCCUUGUGUACAAUACCGUUGGAUUCGUUGAACGUGAUCAACAUUGUCUUGAUUCUGGUCUUCUGAAAACGCAUUUUUGUUUUGUUUACUCGCCUUUCGACUUACAUUCUGCAGAUUGAUGCUUAGUUCCAGGGUCAUAUUUAAAGCACCAUAUUUCAUCACCAGUUAUGAUCGAGUCGAGAAAAUCAAUUACUUUCUUCUGGACGACCAGGUCUUUCAUCAUCAUUUAUAUCUUCACGAUCAUUUUGAAAUCGUUUCAACCACUUAUGAACUUUUGAACGAACUAAACAAUAAUCACCAUACACUUUUUGCAUCAAUUGGUACGUCCCACUAAAUGUUUUUUCAAGUUUAACACAAAAUUGAUUAUUUGCUCUUUGUUCCUGUCAUUAAAAAGCGCGUAACUUUUUAACCUGUCGAUCAGUUUACAUAAAGUUGGCUGCGUUUGAAAAGUGAGACCUUCACCUUUCUAAUGCUAUCAACAUUCAACAGAUGGCGUUACGUGUUCCAUGAUUUAAAUAAAAAGUCCCCUUAUUUAUUGAACAUACUGUGUAUGAGCCAAAUAUCUUGCUUAGGUCUGUAAAUGAAGCACUUUGAGCACUGAGCGUCGCAAUGUCUCUAGUGAUAGAUACUGCGAUUGUCCGAGGUUUGAGAUUAAAUGUAAUGGAUUUUUGAAUACUGCCUUAGGUGUCACCAGCCUUCACUUUGUUCUGAUUGGAAAGCAUUGGAUGGUUUUAACCCUUUCACUACGGCAGUGUGCUCCGUCGGAGUGCUACCGCUGUACGGAUCGUUGCGUCGAAAAGUAUGAAUAUCGCGCUGGUGUGAUCAAUGUGCAGUAUCAACCUGAUGUCGUCUAUAGACGACACUCGUAGAGAAGGGGUUAACUAUUGAAAAUCAAGUGCAAAGAGCCAUUACAAAGUAGACAAAUUGGAGUCGAGUAAUUGAGCAAAGGGUACAUGCUUUCAUUAAAAUUCAGAGAAGUUUCAGGAACUGGGUAAGCUGAAUCAGAUAAAUCACAAUCAAAUUUAGAAAAGACGAUAAUCUACCAAUCAACGAACAAACUUUAGAAUCGAUAUCUCACUUAUGAAACACUUCUCCUUUAGCACUGCUUUGCAUAUAAACUUAAUAAUGAGCUCCAUAUAUAACCCAAAAAAUUCAUCAAAUCAGAAUCACGCGUUCAAGGUUGAGUUUUUAUUCGGCUGUUUGAUACCAUUGCGAGAAAAUUGACACAGUGCGUGUUGAAAAGAUAAGUUAAUCCUAUACAACUACAAUAAUUUUAAAUCUAAUCACACAUACAAGUAUACAAACAGAACAUAAACUCAUCAAAUUUCACAGAUUUCGGCGCAAAAAAAACAUACGAAGACCACAAAAAUGUAUGUAGCACACUCUCGCUGCGCAUAGUUUGAUGUGCUUAAACUAAACAAGCAUUAUAUAAGGAAGUUAAUAAAUUGAACAAAAACUA